AAAAAUAACAUAACCUUUCAACUGUCAAAUUUCUCUGGUGCAAGAAAUUUUCCAACUUUUUACCAAAAAUAAUUCUUUUCUGAUUUUUUUUAAAUUUUAAAACUGAAACCUUCAUUAAAAACUCUAACAACAUGCCUUUCAUGAAAGGUGCUGCUCCUGUCCGUAGGACAAUGAAAUUUCUAAAUGCUGGCAAACUUGUUUUAAAGGAUAAAGUUAAGAUUUUCAGUGUCAAUUAUAACACACAGGGCGAUCAUCAUGCUGGAGCUAGAGAUUUUGUUUUCUGGAACAUCCCUCAAGUGCAAUUCAAAAAUCCCAACGUUCAAGUGGUCACAUUCAAAAAUUUAACUCCCUCUCCAUUUAUUCGGUGUUAUUUCCAAGACGGCAGAGAUAUCCUCAUUGACAUUGAUAGCAGAAAUCGUGAACAAAUUUUGGAUCACCUUAUUAAAGUUAUUGGCAAAUCACAGGAAACACUUGUCGCUGAAGCUCGACUUGUCGAAAAGAAAGACAAUCCGGCUAACUUUGGUGUUGGUUGCGAUAGACAUUGUAUCUGCGAAAUACCCGGACAAGUUCCAUGCCCAGGAACAAUUCCAGUACCUGAACAUAUGCGUGGCAAGCAUAUAUUCCAAUCGAAGUAGAUUAUUAAAUUGUUAAUUAAAAUAAAAAAAAGUUAAAAAAUCAA